UCCGCACCAAAAACGAUGCGCGACCCCAGUUGUUACUCCUCGUCCUAGCCUAGCCGCACCGUCCAGGCCACACGCUACAACUAGAACCAGCCCCAACAAGCGCCGGUGCAGUGCGUGCGCGACCAGUGUAGCCACUCUCUCUCUCUCUCGCAGCGAGAGCACGGACGGCAGCUAGCUUUGAUCGGCCGGAUCGGCGGGCCAUGGCCGGCGCCGCGGGAGAGAGGCCGGAGGGGGUGGGCGGAGGCGGGGACUGGCCGCCGUUCGCCGGCGACGCCUUCGCGGAGUACUCCUCCUCGGUGUUCGCGGAGCUGGGCGGAUGGCCGGACGGCCUCGGCGCGGGCACCGGGGAGCUGCAGUCGCUGGAUCUGCCGGAGGCCAGCGCGUCCGCUUCGGUCCCGCUGGCGCGGCCGGACGAGAUGCUGCCGGCCGCGUCCUCCUGCUCGAGCGGCGACGGCGCGCCCGCGGCCGCCACGGAGAACGCCGACAGGCCGCAGUCCGCCGCCGACGCAGCGAGCAUGAAGCCGGCGGCGGCGACGGCGACGAAGAAGGGGCAGAAGCGGGCGCGGCAGCAGCGGUUCGCCUUCGUGACCAAGAGCGAAGUCGAUCACCUUGAGGAUGGGUACAGAUGGAGGAAGUAUGGGCAGAAAGCCGUCAAGAACAGCCCUUUCCCAAGGAGCUACUACCGAUGCACCAACAGCAAGUGCACCGUGAAGAAGCGGGUGGAGCGGUCGUCGGAGGACCCCACCGUGGUGAUCACCACGUACGAGGGCCAGCACUGCCACCACCAGACCUCAUUCCAGCGUGGUGGCGGCAUGCACUUCCACGGCGCCGCCACCGUCGCACUCGCCGAGCAGAUGUCAUUCGUGCCAACUCAACAGUUGUACAACUUGCCACCCCUGCGCCGACUACAGAUGAAUCCUGGGUCGUCGGAGUCGGCCGUUAGCUCCAUGCCACCGUCUUUGCAGCAGCUCAACGGCGGCGACGAUCUGGGAAGGUCGACUAGCUAUAGCCCCACCGCGUCCGCGGUGCAGACACCGUCAUCGUUGGUGCCUCCGGAUGUUUCGUUUGACAUGGGACUGCUUGGCGACAUCGUGCCUCCAGGAAAUUAUCUUCCUACUGGCUAUAUCUGAAACUAUGACAUGUCUCAGAUCAGGGAGGGCAGAUCACCAAGCAGCUACCCAUAGCUAGGGUUUGCAGCUGAUCGGUCGAUGCUCUCAUGCAGAAUCCAAGUAUAGUUAAACGAGACCGAGCUGGAUCUUCAGCCUAUUUACAGACGGGUAUUGAACUAUUGAUCGAUGGAGACAUGCAUGGAGUAGUACGCUUUCUCCCUCAUGACAGGAUUUGCUAUUGAUUUUGCACCGUGCCUCAUUAUUGGACAGGCCUGUGCAAUGCUUGAUCUCAUGGAAUUUUUUUGUGCCCAGCUAAUUAACCUUCAGCCUACCUGUUUGAUCUACUUGACCCUUGGCAUGUUCUAGCUAGCACUUUGAUAGUAUAUGAUCUUCUUGCGCAAUAGUAUUGUACAGUAUUAACCUAAACUUUUAUGACUUUCUAGCUAGCUAGCUGCCUAGCCGAGUUAAUGUGUUGUGAAUGUAUAUAUAUGUUAAUAA